CUCAGUUUGGAGGAAAAUUUGUGCUUUCUUCAAAACCAAGGUCUCUCCCAUUUCUUCACUCGGUCCCUUUCCAAAUGCGAAAAUGGCAUCACCCUCCAAACCCCCAUCAGAACAACUGCUGAACAAUUCCCACCAAACCAAAGUCUUGAAGUUCGCAAUCCUCUCAAGGCUUCUCCUUUUAAUCCUAACCCUCCUCUGGCGGACGCUUCUCACUCCAUACGACACCUCCGCGCCCCUCAACCCCGCCUGCCUCAACAACCCUUCUCCCUCCCCUCCUUCUCCUCCACCUCUUCUUCCAUCCCUUGCCUCCGCCAUCGAAAACGGCGUCGUCUGGGACAGCGUUUUCUUCGUGCGGAUCGCUCAGUGCGGGUAUGAGUACGAGCAGUCCUAUGCGUUUCUGCCCUUAUUGCCGGCGUGCAUUUUUAUCUUAUCACGCACAGUUUUUGCGCCGGUGGUUUUGUUGAUUGGUCAUAGGGCGGUUUUGGCAUUGUCUGGUUAUGUUAUUAGCAAUGUUGCAUUUAUUUUCGCCGCAAUUUACUUUUACAGGCUUUCGGUUAUUGUUUUGAAGGACCCUAAUGCAGCACUGCAGGCUUCUGUUUUGUUUUGCUUCAAUCCAGCUUCCAUAUUUUACUCAUCAAUAUAUUCAGAGAGCUUAUAUGCUCUAUUUUCAGUUGGUGGAUUGUACUAUUUAAAAUCUCAUGCAAAUAAUAUUGCUGUGUUUUGGCUUGCUCUUUCUGGUUUUGCAAGAUCUAAUGGAGUGCUCAAUGCUGGUUAUUUUGGUUUUCAGACAAUGCAUCAGGCUUAUGAUGCUGCAUUCCUGAAAAAGCGUGCUUUUUUGGCAUUGUGGAUUCUUAUAAGUGGAGCACUGCGCUGUAUAUGCGUUUUUGUUCCAUUUAUUACUUUUCAAGCAUAUGGCUACUACAAUAUAUGUCUCAGACGUUCUUCAGAUGAAAUGAGGCCUUGGUGUAAAACAAGAAUACCUUUGCUAUACAAUUACAUUCAAAGUUAUUACUGGGGAGUGGGGUUCUUGAGAUACUUCCAAUUAAAACAAUUGCCAAACUUUCUACUGGCAUCUCCAAUAUUGUCUUUGGCAGUUUGCUCAAUUAUCUAUUAUGUGAAGUCACGACCUGAAAUCGUUUUAUCAUUGGGUUUUCGAGCUUCAGUUGAGGAAAAAAGUUCCAUGGCUGCGAUUUUUUCUUUAAAGAAAUCUCACAGAUCAAACAGCCCCCAAAUUUCAGAGAAAUAUUCUUCUAGGAGGCAAGAAAAUCAUAAUCUUAAAUUGAGGAAGAUAACGAGCCAAGGAGUGGGUGCUGCUGAGUUCAUAAUAGAUCGUGGAUCAUCAGAGAAGCUAGGAUAUGCAUCUGCUUCUAUUCUCCCAUUUAUCCUGCACUUGAGCUUCAUGGUAGCCACAGCAUUUUUUGUCAUGCAUGUCCAGGUAGCGACACGAUUCUUGUCAGCGAGUCCUUCUGUUUAUUGGUUUGCUUCAUUACUGAUGACUUGUCCUAGUAUGAGUAAGAGAUGGGGAUAUAUGAUAUGGGCAUACUGUUGCGCCUACAUCCUUCUGGGUAGCUUGCUCUUCUCAAAUUUCUACCCUUUCACUUAAUGAUGCAAGCCAAUCCUCGCAAUGAAGUUGUACCCCUCUGCAGCAUCCCUUGAUAGGUCUUUAGAGGCAAUGAAUGAGACAGGAGAUUGCAUGGGUGGCUCUUUGACUGGUCGAUAGCUUCACGCAGAUUGACCACUGGCAACCUUGUAACCAAAACAUCUUCAAUUGGACGAUGAAAAGCAGCUCUGGAUAAUUAUCCUUGUAUGCUUCAAUAUUGAGAAUAAAAUAAAAUAAAAUAAAACUAGUUGAUUUUGCUUUC